AUGGCCAUAAAAAGAUUUCAUAUGGAAAACAAUAUUGAUUUUAGAUUUGAUCUCGCCAAUGUUGAGAGGUACAAAAUUAAGUGUAGAAACCCUAAAUGUGGAUUCAGGUUGGGUGCAUCAUACAGGAAGAGAAAAAUCUUGACUCUAGUAGACAAAGAUACGUCAGUAAAGGUGAAAACGAUAAUCUCUCAUAUUGUUGCAACUUACAAUCACACUCCAUCUUAUAGAAAGGCGUGGUUGGCGAAAACCAAAGCAAUUGAACUUGUGUAUGGAAAUUGGGAGGAUUCGUACAAACAACUUCCACGUUUCUUAUCUGCGCUUCAGAUUUAUGCUCCUGGAACCAUUACUAUCUUAGAGACCCUUCCGACGCAAUCUCCAGACGGAACGUGCCUUCAAGGAAAUGUGAUAUUCCACAGGCUUUUCUGGGCUUUCCACCCAUGUGUUCAAGGAUUUGCAUAUUGCAAACCAAUUCUUCAAAGAGAUGGCACUUGGUUGUACGGUAAAUAUAAGGGGACCUUGUUGAUGGUUGUGGCACAAGAUGGAAAUAGUAACAUUUUUCCUGUUGCGUUGACUCUUGUGGAAGGAGAAACUGCGGAAGGCAUCGAGAGUGCGUACAACAAUCCAGCAAACAGUUGGCAAGACCCACCUUCAAUGCAUGUUUACUGUAUUCGACAUAUCGCACAAAAUUUCAUGCGAGAUAUAAAGGAUAAGGUUCUUCGAAAGACUUUUGUCAAUGCUGGAUAUGCAUUAACUCAACCGACGUUCCAAUAUUAUCGACGCGAAAUCAUAUUGUCAAAUCCAUAUGCAGGCAGAUGGAUAGAUAAUCUAUCUAGAGAGAAAUGGACCAGAUCCUACGACAACGGGCAGCGAUGGGGGCACAUGACUAUAAAUCUUGUGGAGUCUAUGAACGGAGUAUUUAAGGGCAUCAGACACCUUCUGAUUACUGCCUUGGUGAAAGCAACCUACUUUUGGAUGGCUUCUCUUUUCGCAAGAAGAGGUGAGUAUUGGAGUGCAGUUUUAGAAUCCGGACAAGUAUUCAGCGAAACCUGUGUCAAAUUCAUGAAAGAACAAUCAGCCAAAGCCAACAGCCACAAUGUUACAUCUUACGACCGAUUCAACUGGACCUUCAGUGUUAAAGAAACAAUUGACCAUAAUGAGGGCCUUCAGAGACAACAAUAUAGGGUUCUUACAUAA